CAAUAUAAACUGUGGCGGGAGAUUCGUUUUCGGGGCCUUGUCCCGUGAAACAUCUUCGGCUGCGGAGUCAGAAGGUUGCUAUCGUCUCGUGUUCGAACAUGGUGCGGACUAAAGCAGACGGUGUCCCUGGCAGUUACAGAAAAGUGGUGGCUUCUCGAGCCCCCAGGAAGGUCCUUGGUUCUUCCACCUCUGCCACUAAUUCCACGCCGCUUUCGUCGAGGAAAGCUGAAAAUAAGUAUGCAGGAGGGAAUCCAGUUUGUGUGCGCCCAACUCCUAAGUGGCAAAAAGGAAUCGGAGAAUUCUUCAGGCUGUCCCCUAAAGAUUCAGAAAAAGAGAAUAGGAUUCCUGAGGAGGCAGGAAGCAGUGGCUUGGGAAAAGCAAAGAGAAAAAAAUGUUGACUCCUAAAUUGGACUAGUUUAAAGAGCAUCUGAAGGAUUUGACCAGAUAAUGAAAGCCAAUAUUAAAUCUGCUGGAGUUUCAUGUACAAGACUGGAGAGAGACAACACCGAGAAUUAAUGAUGUGAUUAAAUGUAACUUAAGAAACAUGGACACUUCAAACUGUACGUUGCAAAUAAGAAUAAUUCCGUCUUCUUCUAGAGAAAAAGGAUGAGCUAUGGAAUGGAAAUUCAGUUUUCAUUUUGGUUCAGGAAACGUAGAAGGUGAUAAAACAAUUAGGUAAUAUAAAAAGCUUCAGUGAUUCUAUUUAUGAUGUACACUAGAAGGAACCACUGGGUAUUACUGCGAAUCCUCUGUGUAUUGUUUCAGCAGUCCUGGUAUAGUGCUGAUAUACUCUGCAUAAGGUUUUACAUUGUUUUCACUGUUCUUUUGGGAACUUAACUCUUUUCUCUGGGGCUUUGGAUUUGACAUUGCAUUUGCUUUCUGUAGUAACUGAUAUGUUCCAGGGCAAUAAAUGGAUUGGAGUCUACUACAAAUCCAAGCAUAAGUAAUCCCUGCAUAUGCACUUAAAAUUUAAAUAAGUAUUUCGUAUCACACAUUCCCAUCCAACAGUAGUACCAGAUUUAUUUAUCUAGUUCAGAUCACUUAACUUGAUUCCAAAGAUUAGAAGUGCAUUGACUCCAACCAAUCUUAAAAUAUUGCUUUUUAUUUCUUCAUAUGUUAAAUAAUUUUUACAACUGAAAAAUUGAUCUGUUUGGAAGGUAUAUUUGACAAAUCUUGAAACUAAGAGGUAAAUAUAUGAAGGAGGCAAAAAUAAUGUGUAUUAGGUAUUUGGAAAGUGAAGACGAAACUUGCCUGCACUAAAUUCAUAACUUUUAUGGUCUUUCAGUGUAUGUGUGUGUGUGUGUGUAAAACUUGAUGAAUAAGAAUAGCUGCCUGUGGAACACUUUCUACAUCAGUCAUUAUUUUUAGAUGGUUCUAGACCUAAGUGGACUUGAUUCUGGAAAGGAAAACUUUACAACUGCUUUGAUGUACAGAAGCCUUUUUAGAAAUAGAAACUCCAUGAAAUCUUUGGUUCACAUGUUCACCCAAAGAUGCUUAGAUUAAGUAUGCAAUAUGGCCAUAGUACUCUUAAUAAGUUUUAAGCCAAUAUUUGCCAUCUUUAGAAGUCUACACAGGAACAACUAGAUCCAAAGAUCUCAAGUUAUGUGAUCUAGUGUGUGAAUGAACACACUCUUGCUUCAUAUCUGAGUGCUGUACACCUGUUUUGGAUUGUACAUUGUGUUUGGAAUUGAUUUGCAUUGAACACAGCUAAAUACAAAUAAAUGGCUCAACAGCAGUUAAAACAAAGUAUUUGACCUAUAAAAUGAUGUUUAUGCAUAUAAAAUUUUAAGACAUUCAAUACUGUUCAUAAGGUCAUUUUGUAAAUUGUUAUCAAUUGCCUACUAUCCAUCUUUUGAUAUAUUUAAAAGGAAUGUCAAAUUCUGGAGCAGUAACUAAAUUUUAUACUCUGUUGCUACAUCAUUAUUAUCAUUUCUGUUUCAAUAAAAUCAACGAGGAAGGGGAUACAUUUUUGGAUAGAGUUUUUUAAUAGACUUGUUUUCUCCUUUAAGUCUCUUAGUUCCUUCUCAUUUACUGGCACCAUUCUUCCUUGUUCUUUCUCAUUCUAAUUUGAACAAGCUAAUAGUCAAUAUUAGCUCUAGAAUAUAUGACAAUUCUCUUGUAUUAUUGGUGACUUCCAUUAAGGAAACAAAAUAUUUGGCAAUAUAGCCAAAUAUGGCUAUACCAUUGAUCAUCAUAGCAAUAAAACCUAUAUUACAGGCUUCCUACCAUAUGGAGAAAGAUUACACAUAUAGUCUCAUAAAGAACUUUGAUCCACAGUAUAAUAAAAUAUGUGACAUAAAACUAGGUGAUAGAGGUUAUAUUAUUACUUUUGGCCUCUUAGGUUUGUUUUUGUUUAUGAGAGUUGCAGUUAUCCCUUUAUUUAUAGUAAAUCAAUAGAUUGGCUUUUUUCCCCCCAGUUUUAUUGAGACAUAAUUGACAUACAGCACUAUAUGAGUUUAAGGUGUAAUGAUUUGACUUAGGUACAUUGUGAAAUGAUUACCACAAUAGGUUUAGUGAACAUCUAUCUCAUAUUGAUAUGUUAAAGAAAUAGAAAAAACUUUUUUCCUUGCGAUAGGAGCUCUUUCAAUAGACUUACUAUUGAUAGUAAAUAGAAAACUAUCAGCAUUUUAGAAGGAAUUUUGUUAUAAACUCCCUAUUCUUAAUCUGGAAUAUGGCUAUCUUCCAUGGCUUUAUUUUUAUCUAUUUUUUAAACACUACCUUUUCUUUUUUCUUUUUUCUUUUUUUUUGGCUGCUUUGGGUCUUCGUCGCUGCAUGCAGGCUUUCUCUAGUUGCGGGGAGUGGGAGCUACUGUUUCUUGCAGUGUGCGGGCUUCUCAUUGCGGUGGCUUCUCUUGUUGCAGAGCAUGGGCUCUAGGUACACGGGCUUUAGUAGUUGCGGCAUGUGGGCUCAGUAGUUUUGGCUCGCGGUCUCUAGAGCGCAGGCUCAGCAGUUGUGGUGCACACGCUUAGUUGUUCUGUGGCAUGCGGGAUCUUCCUGGAGCAGGGAUCAAACCCAUGUCCCCUGCAUUGACAGGUGGAUUCUUAACCACUGCGCCACCAGGGAAGUCCCUCCUAUGGCUUGAUUAUCCUUACAAAGGCAGGGUAAACUCCCAUCAGUUGCAUGGGGGUGAAUCAGAAUCAAGAAAAACUAUCUUCUUAAAACCUUGAACAGAACUAUGAUAUUUAAAGUAAAUUAAAUCAGGUCCUUGAAAAAAAGAAUUUUGGGUUAUGAUAGUGUUCAUUCACUAAUUUAAUUUCCAGGAAAAUACAAUGAAGGCCUCUCGGUAAUAUAAUAGUAGAUGAGUCAAUGAUAAUCUUAUUCUAAGUCACAAUAUCCUUGUAUUAGCUUCCUUCUUUCACUCUUUAGCUCUAUGACCAUUCAGGCUCACUGGAUCUAAUUUGAAAACUGUUUUUUGUUGUUGUUGUUUGUUUGUUUUGUAAGCUCUUUAUUAGAAUAUAAUUGCUUUACACUCUUGUACCAGUUUUUGAGGUAUACCAAAGUGAAUCAGCUGUAUUUAUACAUGUAUCCCCAUAUCCCCUUCCUCCUGCGACUCCCUCCCAGCCUCCCUGUCCUGGCCCUCUAAAGCAUCACCCAUCAUCGAGUUGAUCUCCCUUUGUUAUACAGCAACUUCCCACUAGCUAUCUAUUUUACAUUUGGUAGUGUAUAUAUGUCUAGGCUACUCUCUGACUUCAUCCCAGCUUCCCCUUUGCCCCCCUCCCCGCCCCGCAACCCCAUGUCCUCAAGUCCAUUCUCUACAUCUGCAUCUUUAUUCUUGCCCUGUCACUGGGUUCAUCAGUACCUUUUUUAAAAUUCCAUAUGAGUUAGUAUACGGUAUUUGUUCUCUUUCUGGCUUACUUCGCUCUGUAUGACAGUCUCUAGGUCUAUCCACCUCAUUACAUGUAGCUCCAUUUCAUUCCUUUUUAUGACUGAGUAAUAUUCCAUUGUAUAUAUAUGCCACAUCUUCUCUAUCCAUUCAUUUGUUGAUGGGCAUUUAGGUUGCUUCCAUGUCCUGGCUAUUGUAAAUAGCACUGCAAUGAACAUUGCGGUACACGUUUCUUUUUGGAUUAUGGUUUUCUCUGGGUAUAUGCCCAGUAGUCAUAUGGUAGUUCUAUUUGUAGUUUUUUAAGGAACCUCCAAACUGGAAAACUAACUGUUUUAGAAUAGAUCUCACAAAUCUUUAUCAGCUCUAAAAAAUUCUGAUUUAUGAUUAAGUUUUUCAUUGACUUUCUCUAUAAAAAGUAUAAUCAGUACAAAAUGGCUUUGGGAUAAUAUAAAUUAUUUUUCAAAAGCUAUGAUAACCACAUGCCAACUUAACACAAUUUUAGGUUUUUCUAAUUAGAUAAUAUAUUCAUAUAGUUCCAAAAGAUAUACAGUCAUAUAUGUCAACUUGCUGUUUUCUCUGCUCGAGUGGAUUGAUUAACUUUUCUUUGCUUUUUAUUAUCAGAGUUCUUGCUGAAGGAUUGUACUCCUCAUUGAUCCACUUAACAUGUUGAAGAUGCUAUAGAAAUAGAGAUUCCCUCUUUAAUAAAAAUGGCAACAUAUCCUAAAGGAGAAAGUGAUUUGGCAAAUUAACAGGCAAAUAGAGUAUUAAAAAUUUUGUCACUCUAGUAUUUGGAAUCUGUAGGAGUUUGUCAAUUAAUGGAGUUUAAUUUUCUCCCAUUUCUAGUCACUUGACCAGACCCACCACACUGUUAAUGUUCCUGAUUUAUAUGUUUUUAAAAACUAUGUUUUGUUUUUUAAACAUUUGACUCAGGUGACUAUUG